AUGGCACAAACCCUGAUUUAUCUUCACUGGGCAGAUUACGCUCUCUUUGCGGCAGUGUUAACAGUGUCCAUCGGGAUUGGGAUUUACCACGCAUGCGCGGGAUCCAAGCAGAGGACGACGGCAGAGUACUUGGUCGGUAACCGGAAGAUGUCGGUCCUUCCAGUCUCGUUUUCAUACGUCGUGACGUAUAUGUCGUCCAUUUUUAUGCUGGGGCUUCCGGCUGAAAUGUACGUUUAUGGACUCACGUACAUGUUCAAUUUCUUCUCCAUUCUCUUUGCCAACACGCUGACAGUCGUGAUUGCUGUGCCUCUUUUUCAUCCCUUGAAACUGACCAGCUCAUACGAGUAUUUGGAGAAAAGAUUUGACUCUCUUGCAGUCAGAAAAAUGGGAGCACUUUUCGGGAUUCUGCUAACUACGCUUUACAUGGGCGUGGUUUUGUACGGACCAGCCGUCGCCUUGGACACAGUGGCCGGUUUCCCUCUGUGGGCUUCUGUUUUCUUGGUCGGAAUCGCUUCAAUCAUCUACACAUCUAUUGGAGGUAUCAAGGCAGUGAUAUGGACAGACGUGUUUCAAUGUAUGAUUAUAGUGAUUGGGCUCACAGCUAUUCUCGUGAAGUCUAUCAUGGAGGUCGGUGGGUUUGGUAAUUUCUGGAAACACAAUGCUGGGAGCGGAAGGUUUGAUAUAAACUGGAGUUUUGACCCGACGGUGCGGACGACUUUCUGGAACUGUUUGUUUGCUGGUUGUGUGGGGUGGUUCGGCGUGGCCUUCAACCAGGCGUCUGUACAGAGAAUAGCGGCCAUGCCGACCAAGAGACAUGCCACAAAGAUGGUUUUGCUGAGUAUCCCGGGCUUCCUCUUCCUCGCUAUCGCCGCCAGCCUUGAAGGGUUCGCAGCAUUUGCCUAUUAUAAAUCCAAGGACUGUGAUCCUUUUGCCGCCGGCUACAUUUCCAAUUCAAACGAGAUCUUGCCGUACUUUGUUAUGGAACUAUUCCAGACAUUGCCUGGGUUAGCCGGCUUGUUUCUAGCAUCGUUGUUCAGCGCUUCAUUGAGUACGCUGUCAUCCGGGCUGAAUGGAAUCUCAGCCAACACCUUGAUGGACUUUGUCAGUCCAUUCUACCCAAAAAUAUCCGAGUUUAAGAGGACUGUCCUAGCCAAGAUAUUUGUUUUCAUUUCCGGAUUUAUAUCAAUCGCCAUUUCCUUUCUGGUGAUGAUAAUCGGAGGACCGGUCACACAGAUCUGUACUAGCUUACUCGGCUCCCUCGGUGGCCCUGUCAGUGGACUCUUCCUGAUCGGAGCUUUCUUCCCCUGGGCCAAUUCCAAGGUCUGUGAGCAGAUAUUUAUAUUAGCAGGAUUUGCAUCUGACGUCAUCACCAUAGCACAAGUUUACAUUUGA